AUUCAACAAGUUUUCGUUUGACUUUAUCAUAGAUAUCUCUUUAGUUCUUCAGGUUAUAACUCAUUCACAAUGGACGAAGUUGAUUCAGUAUUAGAAACCGAACACCAAAAGACCAACGUCUUGGUUGACAACGUCAAAUCAUUUGCUUCCGGUGGGUUUGGUGGUAUUUGUGCCGUUUUAACCGGUCAUCCGUUUGAUUUGGUCAAAGUUAGAUUGCAAACAGGGUUAUACAAUUCAUCGGUACAAUGUGUUAAACAAACCGUGGCCAAGGAUGGGUUAUUAGGGUUAUACCGUGGGGUGUUACCUCCAUUGUUGGGUGUUACUCCUAUGUUUGCUGUUUCCUUUUGGGGUUAUGAUGUUGGUAAGAAAAUUGUUUCUUCUUACACUGGUAAGGAUAUUAGUCAAUUUGAUGUUAAGGAAAUUUCUACUGCUGGUUUCAUUAGUGCUAUUCCAACAACUCUUGUGGCUGCUCCUUUUGAAAGAGUCAAGGUCAUGAUGCAAAUUCAAGAAGGUAACAAAUCCAAGGGUAUGGGUGGUGUUGUUGCAGAAAUGUACCGUACUGGUGGUAUUAGAUCCAUCUUUAAGGGUUCAGUUGCCACGUUAUGCAGAGAUGGUCCUGGAUCAGCGUUAUAUUUUGCAACUUAUGAAAUCUUGAAGAAGAAGUUGAGUAAAGAUGAUCAAGAAUUGUCAUUGGUGGCUAUUAUGACUGCAGGUGGAUUUGCUGGUGUUUCUAUGUGGUUGGGUGUUUUCCCAAUUGAUACCAUCAAAUCAACCCAACAAUCCUCGAAUGUCCCAAUUUCAAUUGUACAAACCACAAAGAAUAUUUAUGCCAAGGGUGGUAUAAAGGCAUUCUUCCCUGGGGUGGGACCUGCUUUGGCCAGAUCUUUCCCAGCUAACGCUGCCACUUUCUUGGGUGUCGAAUUAGCAAGAAACUUUUUGGAUAAAAUUAUUUAAGUAUAUAUUUAUUUAUUAUGUUUGUCAUUUACUGUGGUGACCCUAACUGUGUACACACUAACAAAAUACUAUGUGAAAUUUAGUAGGUCGUGUACUUUGGCAAAAAUCGUGGCUAAGACAUUGGUCGCUAUUUUUCCUUUCUCUUCCCACUGUCGAUAAUAAAUAGUCUUAUAAGGAGUAGGCAGGAAUUAAACCUCACAUCCUUAUUAUAGAACAUCAAUUAAGAAUCCAAGAUGACAUUAUCCGAUGAACAAGUAAAAUCUGAGCUUACCAAAAUGCAAGCUUUCAUUGAAAAGGAAGCUAAAGAAAAGGCCAAGGAAAUUAAAUUGAAGGCCGAUGAAGAAUAUGAAAUUGAAAAGGCCUCAAUUGUUAGAUCAGAAACUUCUGCAAUUGAUGCCAACUACGAAGCCAAGUUAAAGAAGGCAUCUUUAGCUCAACAAAUCACUAAAUCCACCAUCUCCAACAAGACCAGAUUAAGAAUUCUUUCUGCCAAAGACCAAGUAUUGACUGAAAUCUUUGAAGCUGCUGAAGCCGACUUGAAGAAGUUGACUACUUCAAAGGAAAAAUAUUUACCUGUAUUAACUGGAUUAAUUGAAGAAGGGUUAUUAGCAUUAAUGGAAGGAAAAGUUAGCAUUAAAGUUAGAGAACAAGAUGUAGCAGUUGCCCAAGAAGCUAUUGUUGAAGCUGCUGCUAAUUUUGAAGCCAAGGCCAAGUUUCCAGUGGAAAUUGUCGUCAAUGAAACCGAUUUCUUGAGUAAAGAUAUUGCUGGUGGUGUUGUUGUGGUCAAUGGUACUGGUAAGAUUGAAGUCAAUAAUACCUUAGAAGAAAGAUUAAAGAUAUUGUCAGAAGAAGCAUUGCCUGCUCUUAGAUUAGAAUUGUUUGGUCCUUCUGCCACAAGAAAGUUUUUCGAUUAGUUUAUUUGUUUAUAUAUCGUAAUAAAUGUUUGUUAGUUUC